CUGCCCUAAGGUGCUCGACAGUAAAUUCAUACUAACAAAACUUUUAUCUCCGCUCAACCCGCUCCUAGCCUCCGCACGGACACGCAGGAGAGGGCUGGUAAAACGACAUGCACGGCUCCUCCGGCCGCGGCCCUCUCCCCUUCGCCGGGGGCGAUUAGCAAGGCCUGUGGCUGCAUUUUAACUCAAGCCAGGGAGAGCGGGAAUAACCACCCGGCUGCCGCCGCCGCCACCUCAGGGGAGACCCAGCAGCGGCGGCGGCGGGAAGAGCCGCGCGGACCAACCACCUCCGGGCCCGGCCCUGCCCAACCCUUUCCUUCCGCCCGCCCCGCGCCCGCGCGCGCGGCCCCGUCACGCUCCCGCCGCGCGCCCUGCAGGAACAUGUCGAAGAAAGGAGGGAAACAAGCCGAAACAGGAAGGAAAGUACAUGUACCAUGUAAACGAGCAAAGGUGGAAGCAUCUUGCCCAUCUUCACCUAUGAACUAUGAAAGCCCAGACAGUGUCUUUGAAAGUUUGAUCUUUCCCAUCGAACAAGAGAAGUUCUUCAAGGAGUACUGGGAACAAAAGCCAUUACUUAUUCAGAGAGAUGACCCUUCAGUGGCUGCUUACUACCAGUCUCUCUUCCAAUUAAUGGAUUUGAAGGAGCUGUCCAGCCAGGGUUUUUACUAUGGAAGAGAUCUUAAUAUCUGCAGAUGUGUGAAUGGAAAAAAGAAGGUUUUAAAUAAAGAUGGCAAAGUGAACUAUAUGCAGCUGAAGAGAGACUUUGAUCAGAAAAAAGCAACGAUACAGUUUCACCAGCCUCAGAGAUUUAAGGAUGAGUUGUGGAGGAUCCAGGAGAAGCUGGAAUGCUACUUUGGCUCUUUGGUUGGCUCCAAUGUUUACAUUACUCCUCCAGGAUCCCAGGGUCUGCCUCCCCACUACGAUGAUGUUGAGGUGUUUAUCCUUCAGCUGGAAGGAGAGAAACACUGGCGUCUCUACAAACCUACUGUACAUUUAGCUCGAGAGUACAAUGUUGAAUCAGAGGAUCGGAUUGGGAAUCCAACACAUGAAUUCAUAUUAAAGCCAGGAGAUUUGUUAUACUUUCCAAGAGGAACUAUCCACCAAGCUGACACUCCUCUGGGGGGAUCAUAUUCUACUCAUGUGACCAUCAGCACCUACCAAAACAAUUCUUGGGGAGAUUUCUUGUUAGAUGCGAUUCCUGGGCUUGUGUUUGAUACAGCGAAGGAAGAUGUGGCUCUACGGACAAGUAUACCAAGGCAACUACUGAUGGUGGAUAUAGCUGACUCAACAAGGAGAUUAAGCAGCUUUCUGAGAAGUCUUGCAGACCAGCUGGAAAACACCAAAGAACUGAGAUCUUCUGACAUGAAGAAGGAUUUCAUUAUGAACCGAUUACCGCCUUUCUUGGGGAACAGCCCUGAUCCCUUGGCUCCAGGUGGAAAAUUACCAAAAUUAGACAGCAAAAUCAGAUUGCGGUUUAAAGAUCAUGCCAUAAUUACAGUGGAACCCGAUCAAGAAAAUUCUGAUGAGCGUCGCAAAGAGAUGGCUUAUGUCUAUCACUCUUUAAAGAACAGGAGAGAGAGGCACAUGAUGGGAAAUGAGGAUGAUGACACUAAUGAAGAAGGGAUAUCUGAGACUCAUGGAUUACGUUUCCCUUUAUCGUACAUGGAUGCACUGAAACAAAUCUGGAGAAGUGCUACUGUCGCUGUUAAGGAACUGAGCCUCAAGUCCGAUGCAGAGAAACAGAACCUUGUGUUAUCACUCUGGACUGAAUGUCUCAUUGAGGUAAUCUGAGUCUUUCAAAAAUCAGCCAUGGUCCUGGAGCCUAACAUUUCAUCCUUGGAGUACGUACUGACAAAGGACAAUCUGAUUCCUCCUCUUCCAUGGAGCUGGAUUUAUACAAGCCAGCAAGGCUGCCGAGGAAGGGUGUGUGGUUUAAUCUCCACCUCUCAAAGCAACCUAGGUGGUGGUGCUGUCCCCUACACAAUAGCUCAGUGGUUAAAACACUUAAGAUGUGGGAGACCUGGCUUCAAAUCCCCAAACCAGUCUCUCCCAUUGAGGUUCUUCCUCUUAAGGGAUUAAAGUGGCUUUGCACAUAUACAGUGGUGGAAAUUUAGAUGUCCACAGCAUGGGGGAGGCAAGAGUUGUCAGGAUCUAAAUGCCUAAUGUAGCAGUGAGGGCUGGAUCCACUCAAUAAGAAACCGGUCCACUGCACUGAGCAUCUAGUAAAAUUGUGUUGCUCUUCUCACAGGGUUGCCUCAUUUACUAAGUAAAACUAACAAUAAAAAGUAUGACUCAACUAUGGUGGCUUUUCUUGGGUAAAUGUCUCACUAGGUCAUAGAAUUUGACUGCAGCACAAAGCCAUGCUAAAAAUUAAGCCCAGUGAGACUAACAGUAUUGGUUCUCAAAUACCCAUCUUAUUUUUGCUGAUCCUGCUUGGUUUCCCCCUUACUAGUGUUAAAAGGGGUCAUAGGUGUAGAACUGGACCAAAAGCUACUUGUUAGCUGAAAUCUCAGCUGCUGCGUGGUUGUUUUUUUUUGCUAAUUUUAAUAUCCAACAUGGAGCAAACGCUGGGGCCUCUGACACAUUUAUAAAAUAUGCUUAACCAUGACGAAAUAUCUACCUGUCUUUUGUUGCACAGCAUAGUGGAAGUAGAAGAAUUUAAAGUAUGGCCAUUAGUUACCUAGAAGCUGAACUACCCAGUGGCAAAUAAAUGUGACUAACUCCCAUUUCAAGCCUACAGUUGUCUUUGCUCUCAUCUCAUGUAACUCUUGAAGCAGAGGCCCUGUUUAUCAGGGAAAACUCAAGCAAACUACUAAGGUGGGGCAACAGGCCUAGUCCAAGUAAAUGACUUGUGGUAAGGUAGGCUAACCUGUUUUCACAGCUCUGCACAUCCUCAACGAGGAAGUGAGCCUGCCUGUAAAGAGGCAGAGAUAAGUACAAAAACAUUCAUUCUGCUUCGUGUCCCAAACCUGAGCCACAAAGACAACUCUGGCUAUAGCUGUGUUGUCAGUCCCUGGGAAAACAAACAGGUUAAAAAAAUUGUGCCUUUUCUCCACAGCCUUGGGAGAUAGCUGGUUACCUCAAUACUAUCGCAUCUCCACCUUUUUAAAAAAAGGUAUGACUUUGUAGGAAAUAUUACAGUUACUUGAGACAUAUCAUCACAUGCGAACAAAAAAAUACCUUCCACUGAAAAGGUGACAAUUUCAGGGAUGAGUGAAACAGUGCUAGAAAAUUUUAAAGGUAGCAUCUCUGAUGGAAUUUAGCUAGACACUCCUGUUAUUGCGAGAAGUGCCAUUAAUUUUAGUAACCAUAAAGGCAUUUCUAAACGUAUGCACAUCUUCCAGCAUGUUAUCCCCCUAACACUGAAUAACCAGUAGCACUUGAGUAUUCCCUGCAUAUCUCCCAUAUGCAGGUACUCUGAAAUGGCUUCACAAACUUGAGGGGCAAAGGUAAAAUGCAGAUUGUUGUAAUAAUUGUUCCUGUGCAGUAAGAAUGAAAUAAUGCUUGCAUUAUAUUUCAUUUAAAUAUGAAGAUUUUUAAUCCACAGGGGGGAGAAGAGGUGUCAGUGUAUACAUGCCAUUUGAACUGGUGUUCUUGGGAAGGAAGUCACUUCAGCGAUUUUUGUUCCUUAUUGUCUUUGCUAAAAAUAAAAUUAUUGCAUUUACGCAGUACAAAAUACUACAAGCUAAA